UGUUAACGGCAGUACUAAGAUCUAGCAGUACUAGAACGGAGAUGCAGCUUUGGUCAGAUGAUAAGUGCAGGCCGUUUGUAACUUUAAAAAACACAGUCACUGUACUACGAUAAGGCCUGGAUCCUUACUAAAAUGCUCCAAUGAAACUGUUUCUCUGCAAAAAUAAACAGUUGAGUGACACCACUACUUUUUCUAAUACUUUCGAUAUAAAUGGAAGAUUUGAAAUAAUUAAUUAAUUCUCCAGGAUCAAGCUCUAUGGGUAAAGGUUUUGAUCACUGCCAACUUUUUUGGGUUAAUAACAUGGAGGAGAGUGUUUAAUGUGAAAGUGUGAAUGAAAGAUUGAUAGUCAGGACUAAAGGCAAGAUAUUCAAUAUAUUAAAUGUGUGUCCACACACAAAACUAUCACAUAACUCAAGAAUAUUUGGAAUAUAGCACACAAGUCAUAUGGAUUUCUUUUAUGGUGCUUUUUGUUCCAGCUUGAUUUAAUAUAAUCAACUGACAAUCAUAAUGACAGCACUCAGGUAAAGACCUGAACCACAUUUGACAUCUGUAGAAACCUUGAUUUGUGUUUAUUUUGUCUAUAUGUGUUUAGGGAUUCCCAUCAGCAGUUUGAGGGAAAUUAACUUGCUGCUCAGAUUGAGACACCCAAACAUUGUGGAGCUGAAAGAAGUGGUGGUGGGAAGCCAUCUGGAGAGCCUCUUUCUGGUGAUGAGUUACUGUGAGCAGGAUCUGGCCAGUCUGCUGGAGAACAUGCAGUCCCCAUUCUCUGAAGCUCAGGUGAAGUGUAUAGUUCUUCAGCUGCUUAAAGGACUGGAAUUUUUACAUCACAACUUCAUUCUUCACAGGGAUCUGAAGGUUUCCAAUCUGCUGAUGACAGACAAGGGCUGUGUAAAGAUAGGCUUGAUUAUGCAUAGUAUAUUUCCCAUGACUCCUCGAGUAGUCACACUGUGGUAUCGAGCCCCAGAGCUCCUCCUAGGGACCAAGACACAGACCACUUCCCUGGACAUGUGGUGAGAACUGGACAAACAGUGCUAGAGUAAAGUGUUAUGGAACCAGAUUCCCUUUUUUAGAUAUUAUUCAAAACAGAGAGGGAAGGGAGAGACUUGAGACGUAAUAUUGACAUGGAACGUAUUAAAACCAAAAUGGCAACAAUUAAGCAGUGUUAUCAAAAUUAGACUGUGAAAACUACAUUUUUUGCUCCAUGGGCAAACUGAUUUUUAACGAUAACUUAUAAUACACCUUUACAGAUGGACAUCUUGUAAGCCCAGAGGUAGUUAAUCAAUUUCAACCUAUUUUUAAAACAAUUGUUUAACAGCGGAAUUUGUGUUGAAAAAUUAC